ACAUGGAGAGUGGAGCAGGAAAGCACUGGACUGAGGAAGAGGUUAAAGCUCUGCUAAGUGUCUGGGCAGAAAAAAAUGUACGAAAACAACUUUAUGGAACACUGAGAAAUAAAGGAAUAUUUCUUUAUAUCGCUAAAAGGCUGCAAGCUCUAGGAGUACACAGGGACUGGAAACAGUGCCGGGCAAAGUACAAAAAUCUUAAAUAUGAAUACAGAACUGUUAAAUACGCCCACAACUCUGGAGACAGCUCUAAAACUAUGAAGUUCUUCCACGAUUUGGAUGCGAUCCUGCAGUAUGAACCUGCCACACAAUUAACAGAGGAAGAUGCAAAUAGCAGGUGCCUGGCAACGCUGAGCCAAAGUCCAGCCCCAGAGACCAUUGAAGGCAAAAUGUCAAUUACAUUAGCAGACAAAGAAGACAUAUCAGAAAAUCCUUUACUUUUGGUUUCUCAUAUCAGACCAAUGGAACUGGGUAACUCUACACCAAUAAUGGAACCCCCAAAUAAUCCAAGUUUUAUUCCAACUGUAGCAAAUGAAGGAGGAAAGCACUGGACUGUGCCAGAAGUCAGGGCUCUAAUAGGCAUCUGGUCUGACAGAGGCAUACAACAACAACUAGAGAGAACAGUGAGAAAUAAAAGGAUAUUUGAACAAAUUGCUGCCAAGCUUCAGAAACUUGGAAUCGACAGAGAUUGGAAGCAGUGCAGGACAAAGUACAAAAACUUAAAACAUGAGUACAAGACUGUAAAAAUGGCUCAAGACCUAGGCAUGACCAGGAGUAUGAAGUUUUUUACCGAGCUGGAUUCUAUUCUGGGACACAAUAAAACAGAAAAAUCACAAGGACAGAAAUCCCAAGAUGAAGAGCAAGCCACAGGAUAUGCCCACAUGAAAGCAGAAGAGGACCAGCCAGAGGAAGACACUGUAAGUACUGCCUCAGAAGAGGCAGGCGGCCCCAUAGCACCACAGAGUAUCACUGGGUCAGGUAGUCAUAUUCCUUUAGAAGAUGCUAAAAGUCGUUUACAGAUUAUAACAGUGAGUGACACAGAGGCUGGAAGACACUGGUGUGACAAUGAGGUCAGAGCACUCAUACACAUAUGGUCUGAUGAAAAAAUUAAGCAAAUGCUUGAAGGGGCCACAAGAAACAGACAAAUAUUUGAGGAAAUUGCCAGAAGAUUAAUGCAGUUUGGAAUAGACAGAGACUGGAAACAAUGUCGUACCAAAUACAAAAAUUUAAAAUAUGAGUACAGAGUUUUACAAAAGAAAAACGGCAACCCUCAAGGAAAAAUGAGAUUUUAUGAAGAAGUUGAUGGCCUCCUAAGACGAUCAUCUCUCAGAACUACCAAAUGGAAACACGAAUUAUUUGAAGGUCAUACCAAAAACUCAAGAACUUUGAGCAUCAAAAGAAAAGCACAUGAAGAUGAACCAGAGUCUGUAUCUCCCAAGAAAACUGCUCCUGAGAUCACUGCAAAUCGGUUUCCUCAAAGAACAACAGAACCAAAAGAUUCUACAGGAUGUUUUUGCAGACAGGAAACCCCCUACAUGACCCGACUUCAUCAGAGUCCCGCCUCUGUUCCGAGCGCGGCCGCCGCCCCCAGCCCACUCCGGACAAUGGCGACCGCUCAGGUUUUGAACGUUGGUAAAAAACUCUAUGAGGGCAAAACAAAAGAAGUCUAUGAAUUGUUGGAUAGUCCAGGAAAAGUCCUCCUGCAGUCCAAGGACCAGAUUACAGCAGGAAAUGCAGCCAGAAAGAAUCACCUUGAAGGAAAAGCUGCAAUCUCAAAUAAAAUUACCAGUUGUAUUUUUCAGUUGUUACAGGAAUCAGGUAUCAAAACUGCUUUCACCAGAAUAUGUGGGGAGACAGCUUUCAUUGCACCUAGGUGUGAAAUGAUUCCAAUUGAAUGGGUUUGUAGAAGAAUAGCAACUGGUUCUUUUCUCAAAAGAAAUCCUGGUGUCAAGGAAGGAUAUAAGUUCUACCCACCUAAAGUGGAGAUGUUUUUCAAGGAUGAUGCCAAUAAUGAUCCACAGUGGUCUGAGGAACAGCUAAUCGCUGCAAAUUUUUGCUUUGCUGGCCUUGUUAUAGGCCAGACUGAAGUGGAUAUCAUGAGUCAUGCUACACAGGCUAUCUUUGAAAUACUGGAGAAGUCCUGGUUGCCCCAGAACUGUACGCUGGUUGAUAUGAAGAUUGAAUUUGGUGUUGAUAUAACCACCAAAGAAAUUGUUCUUGCUGAUGUUAUUGAUAAUGAUUCCUGGAGACUCUGGCCAUCAGGAGAUCGAAGCCAGCAAAAAGACAAACAGUCAUAUCGUGACCUCAAGGAAGUAACUCCUGAAGGGCUGCAGAUGGUAAAGAAAAAUUUUGAGUGGGUUGCAGAAAGAGUAGAGUUGCUUCUGAAACCAGAAAGUCAGUGCAGAGUUGUAGUAUUGAUGGGCUCAACUUCUGAUCUCAGUCACUGUGAAAAAAUUAAGAAGGCUUGUGGAAGUUUUGGCAUUCCAUGUGAACUUAGGGUAACAUCUGCCCAUAAAGGACCAGAUGAAACUCUGAGGAUUAAAGCUCAGUAUGAAGGGGAUGGCAUUCCUACUGUAUUUGUGGCAGUGGCAGGCAGAAGCAAUGGUUUAGGACCAGUGAUGUCUGGUAACACUGCAUAUCCAGUUAUCAGCUGUCCUCCCCUCACUGCAGACUGGGGAGCUCAAGAUGUGUGGUCUUCUCUUCGAUUACCCAGUGGUCUUGGCUGUUCAACCAUACUUUCUCCAGAAGGAUCAGCUCAGUUUGCUGCUCAGAUAUUUGGAUUAAACAACCAUUUGGUAUGGGCCAAGCUGCGAGCAAGUGUAUUGAACACAUGGAUUUCCUUGAAGCAGGCUGACAAGAAAAUCAGAAAGGGCAAUUUAUAAGAAACAACAUCAUCACAUUUUUUAAGAAGAAAAACUGUAAAUCUCUGGUUUAGCUGCAGAAAAAAAAAUCAAGACAAAACAUUUAAAAUCAAUCAGAGAAAACAAAAUUUAUAAGUGAAUAAAUGCUUCAAGAUUCAUCAGUUAGUGAAA